UGCUCCCGCCUCCCUCCCUUUCCGCUGCCGAGGCGGCGGGAGCCGAGCCCGAGCGGACCGACCGCGGCUGCAGCCGGGCGGCGGGCGCCGAGGAGGCGGCGAUGCGGCGGCCGCGCUGAGCCCCAGCUGCGGGCCCCGGGGCCGGCCGCCAGCAUGCGGGGCGGCGAGGAGCUGGACGGCUUCGAGGGCGAGGCCUCGAGCACCUCCAUGAUCUCCGGCGCCAGCAGCCCGUACCAGCCCACCACCGAGCCGGUGAGCCAGCGCCGCGGGCUGGCCGGCCUGCGCUGCGACCCCGACUACCUGCGCGGCGCGCUCGGCUGCCUCAAGGUCGCCCAAGUGAUUUUGGCCCUGAUUGCGUUCAUCUGCAUAGAGACCAUCAUGGAGUGCUCCCCGUGUGAAGGCCUCUACUUUUUUGAGUUCGUGAGCUGUAGUGCAUUUGUAGUAACUGGAGUCUUGCUGAUUCUGUUCAGUCUGAACCUGCACAUGAGGAUCCCCCAGAUCAACUGGAACCUGACAGAUUUGGUCAACACUGGACUCAGCACUUUCUUUUUCUUUAUUGCUUCGAUUGUAUUGGCUGCUUUAAACCACAAAACCGGAGCAGAAAUUGCUGCCGUGAUAUUUGGCUUCUUGGCAACCGCGGUGUAUGCGGUGAACACAUUCCUGGCAGUGCAGAAGUGGAGGGUCAGUGUCCACCAGCAGAGCGCCAGUGACUACAUCCGAGCACGCACAGAGUCCAGAGAUGUGGACGGUCGCCCCGAGAUCCAGCGCCUGGACACAUGAGCACCUGCCGGAGCCCUCCUCCCUCUCCUCAUGCCCAUCCUUUCAACCAAGUUUUCUUUCCCUCAUCACGUCAGAUUUUCCUGUGAUUAAGUUGAAUUUUGUCCUCUUUGGUAAAAGUUCAUUCUGGGAAAGUUUUUCAGAGUGGCCCUGGUGGCAGGUCCGUGAGGCAGGGAGCCCCCUGUACCCCGCUGUUCAGACAGGCGGGCGGGAGAGGCCUGCAGAUUGCCCAGCAUUUGGCGGCUGUGGGGGCAGCUGGCCUCCCUGGCUGCCGCGUCUCUUCUAGGUCUUCACUGUCCCCGAGCACAGGCUUCACAUCUGACUCUGAGCCACCCUGUCAUGUGUUUUUGUGACAAGUCAAGAAUUUGGAUUAAUGGGAGCUGCCGGGAGGGGUAAAAAAGCAAGGAAUGAGCAGUCAGCAGCGAUCGCUGGGCAGGCCCCCUGCGAGCCCCAGGGCGGCGUGUCGUCUUGCUGCCUGGACUUUCCCCUGCUCCUCGUCCUCUAGGCCUGGGGCAUU